AUUUUGGGAGUUUUUUCUGCACAAGUGCAUACGGUACGCGCAAGUGUGGUCGUCCAAAAUGGCUGAACUUAGGUGGAGAUUUGGAUCAUUUCACCGGCGAAAUUUCACAACCCUUCGCCCGGUGUUCCUCUUGCUAGCUUCCCUGUGUUCUGCCGUCCUCGCCCAGGAAUCUGCCGUGCCCUGCUACGACGAGAAUGGCCGUGCCCAGCGCUGUCAGCCCGAGUUUGUCAACGCCGCUUUCGAGUUGGACGCCGAGGCGACCAACACCUGCGGCCUGUACCGGUCCACGCGGUACUGCCGGCAGACCGGGGUGACGGGAGCCACACGGGCCUGCUCGUACUGCGACUCGGCGUCGCAGCGGUUCGGCCACCCACCCAAUUACCUGACGGACUACCACAAGGAAAAGAAGAUGACGUGGUGGCAGAGUGACACGAUGUAUGAAGGAAUACAGUUCCCAAACUCUGUCAAUCUCACCAUUUCACUUGGCAAAGCGUUUUCCAUCACCUACAUCCGGCUCAAGUUUUACUCAGCGCGGCCGGAAAGUUUCGCCAUCUACAAGCGCACGACCCACGACGGUCCGUGGAUCCCCUACCAGUACUACAGCGGUUCCUGUGAGGCAACCUACAAGGUUUCCCGGUCUAACUUUGCCCCGACCAAUGACGAGACCAGAGCGCUGUGCACGGACGACUUCAGUGACAUCUCCCCACUGACUGGGGGCAACAUAGCCUUUGGUACCCUCGAAGGCAGGCCUAGUGCUUUCAGCUUUGAUGACAGUGAACUGUUACAGGAAUGGGUAACUGCAACCGACAUCCUGGUCAUGCUGACCAGACUGAACACGUUUGGUGAUGAGGUCUUCCAGGUACCAGACGUGCUCCGGUCCUACUACUAUGCCGUCUCAGACUUCUCAAUUGGGGGCAGAUGCAAAUGCAACGGUCAUGCCAGUGAAUGCAUCAACAGCACAGGAAUCGACAACUCGGUGCGAUUGGUCUGCCGCUGCGAGCACUUCACUGCAGGCUUGGACUGCAACGAGUGCUUGCCGUUCUACAACGACCAGCCAUGGAGGCCGGCCACGUCAGAUAAUGUCAACGAGUGUCAAGCCUGUGAGUGCAAUGGCCGUUCCAACCGCUGCUACUUUGACCAGGACCUCUACGACCGGACCGGCCAUGGCGGCCAUUGCCAGGACUGUCAAGGCAGCACCGACGGACCAAACUGUGAGCGUUGCCGUGACAACUACUACCAGUCUUCCCAGGAUGCCGUUUGCCAGCCUUGCAACUGCGACCCAGUCGGUUCACUGCAUCUACAGUGCGACAGUCGAGGCCAGUGCACCUGCAAGAUCGGAGUAGGCGGUGAGAAGUGCAACCAGUGCCUGCCCAACUACUUUGAUUUUGGUGUGGCCGGCUGCACGAGCUGUGACUGUGUGAUAGCAGGCAGUGUCAACAGUCAACCAACAUGCGACAGCACCACAGGACUGUGCGAGUGUAAGACCAACGUAGAAGGCCGCCAAUGUGACAGAUGCAAGUCUGGGUACUUCAACCUUCAGGAAGAUGACCCCUUUGGCUGCAUGUCUUGCUUCUGUCAUGGUCACUCCUCUGAAUGCUCCUCAGCUCCGGGAUAUGAGUUCUCCUACUUGCAGAGCAGGUUCAACUCAGGUAACGAAGGUUGGGAAGCCAGGGGUCGAUAUGGUCAGGAAGGCACCCUGGUGUUUAGCAGCAUCCGUCAAAACAUUGGCAUUGCUUCCGACAACACGCGGCCUUACUACUUCGUUGCACCAGACAAGUACCUCGGUGACAAACGGUUGGGCUACGGCCAGGAGAUGACCUUCACAUUCCGCCACGUAGGGGCGGAGCCUAGCCUGACUGUGGAGGAUGUCAUACUGAUGGGAGACGGCCUGACCAUAUCUGCGCCCAUUGUCGCCCAGGGGAACCCCACCCCGGGCAUCCUGCCCCAGACGUACACCUUCAGGCUGCGUGAGGAGGAGGAGUUGGGCUGGGUACAGAGACCUUCAUCGUUUGAUUUCCAGCGUCUGCUGACCAACCUGACGGCUAUCAUGAUCAGAGCAACGUAUGCUGAUGGAGCACAAGGCAUCAUUGACAACUUUGAUUUCCCGACGGUGCGGCGCGCCGUGGGCCCCGGGGCCGAGAGGGUAGACUUCGUGGAGCUCUGCCAGUGCCCCGUCGGCUACGUGGGUCAGUUCUGCGAGUCCUGUGAUGGCAAGUUCCGCCGGGAUCCCCCCGAGGGCGGGCCGUUUGCCCAGUGUAUCCCCUGCGAGUGCAACGGCCACGCCGACUACUGUGAGGCGACCUCAGGUAUCUGCAUCUGUCAGGACAACACCGUCGGUGAUCAGUGCGAGCAGUGUGCGCCAGGGUUCUAUGGCGAUGCUCGGCAGGGUGCUAGCGACGACUGCAGACCGUGCCCCUGCCCUGGCGGCAGUGAAUGCAUGCAGAUGCCCAGCACUGGGGAGGUCAUGUGUACUAAUUGCCCCAUGGGUUAUGUGGGUAACCGUUGUGAGUUCUGUGCCGAUGGUUUCUUUGGGGACCCCCUGGGCCGCAACGGACCCCCCUCAGCAUGCAUUCCGUGCCAGUGCAGCGGCAACAUUGACCAGAACGCGGUCGGAAACUGUGACAGGGAUACCGGUGAAUGCCUGAAGUGCAUCUACAAUACAGGCGGCUUCAACUGUGAGAAUUGCCUGGCUGGUUUCUAUGGCGAUGCCCUCGCACUUCCCAAGGGCCAAUGCAGACCGUGUGACUGUUACAACACGGGCUCGUUCAGCAUCGAGUGCGACCAGACCGACGGCCAGUGCCGGUGCCUCCCCUUCGUGGUGGGCCGUCAGUGCGACCAGUGCGAGGAGGGCUACUGGGACCUGGAGAGCGGCCGGGGCUGCCAGCCAUGUAACUGCGACUUCACGGGGUCCACCAACGCCCAGUGUGACGUGGGCGGCGGCCAGUGCCCGUGUCUGGAGGGGGUCGGGGGACCGCUGUGCGAUGAGUGUCUGUUUGAUCACCACGGGUUCUCCAGCAACGGAUGCCAGUCUUGCAACUGCGAUCGUCAGGGCUCAGCCCAGCUCAACUGCAGCAGUGAUGGCGUGUGCAUCUGCAAAGAUGGCGUGAUCGGGGAGAAAUGCGACAACUGCCGAGAAAACCACUACAACAUUGCCCUGGGAUGCAUACCGUGCCCUGCCUGCUACACCCUAGUCCAGGAUCGCGUCAACGACCACCGGGACAAGCUAGAGCAGCUGGAAGAACUGAUCAACAACGUGGGCAACAACCCAGACAUUGUCAAUGAUGCCGAGUUUGAGAAGCGACUGGCUGAGCUGGAGGAGGACCUGGACAACACCAUGACUGACGCUGAGGAGGCUGUCGCCAUUGAUUCUCAGCUUGCCAAUCAGCUGAGAGACCUUCAGGAUAGCAUCAAUGCACUGAAGGAACAGCUCAGUCAGAUCAUGAAGAACAUCAACACCGCUGAGGGAGACUCUGCUGACAGCUCGGAAGAGCUUGCCCAAGCAUUUGUCAUCAUUGACAGAGCCAAGAAAGCCCUGGCAGAGGCCCAGGCUUACUUGGACCUCGGAGGCUGGAAGGUACUGAAGGAGCUGAAUGACACGGCAAGGAACAUGUCUGAGCAGGCACUGGAGAUGCAACAACUGGCUAAGCAGGCCAGGGAACUAGCUGCUGGUCAGGAACAGUUAUCCGGUGAGAUAGAAGGCACUGCCAACGAAGCCAAGGCCACAUCAGAGGAGGCCCUGAGGCUGAUCCAAGAGACUGGGGCAGACUCCAGCAUCGAGGACCAGAUCAGCAAAGUGGAGACAGACUACGGCGAUGCCCAGGAUCUGUUCGAGGAGGCUGCCCAGCUAGCCGAGGAUUCCAAGACCAAGGCCGACGCCGUCCACACCGAAUCCACCGCGAUGCUGGCCAAGUCCAAGCAGCCAUUGGCAUCGUAUGACGGGGAGGCGCUGAAUAAAAGCGCCGGGGACAUCAAGGAACAGGCUGAAAUGAUCAAGCAGAAAGCGGCCGAGGUGAAGGCUACCAACCAGGACCUGUUGGCUCAGGUUGAACAGCAAGCCCAAGAAGCCAGCAAACUGCUAGACGAUGGCACCAAAGCACAACAGAAACUGGAUCUCUUGAUGGCCAAGGCCCACGGUGCCGAGGCGGACGCACAAGAUGCCAAGGCGGAGGGAGAAAGAACCCUAGAACAGGCCGAACAAAUACUGGAAGACCUCCGAGGCUUCAACGAGAAAGUGGAAAAGAGCAAGAUGGAAGCUGCCGAUGCCAUGCUGAGGAUCCCAGAGAUCGAAAGGAAGAUUGACCAGGCUAACGAGACCUCGGUAGGAGCUCAGGGCACCAUCGAUGCGGCCAAGGAGGAUGCCAUCAAGGCCAGGGACCAAGCUGCCUUGGCUGAGAUCAAUGCCACCAGGGCAUCACAGGGAGCUGAAAACAUCAAGGCCUCAGCGGAUGAGAUAAACAAGGUUGCCCAGGCACAGAAUGACCGUGCAGAUGACCUGCAGGGCAACGCCACCCAGACCAUGAUGGAGCUUGGAGCACUGGAGACACAGGCUGAUGACGACUCCCAGCUUAUCCAGCAGGCUGAAAUGAAGGCUAAUGAGGCAAGGCGUAAGGCAGAUGAGGCCACUAAAGCCGUUCAGAGAGCGCUGGACGGUGUCCAAGAUUUAAUGGAUGACCUCAAUGCCCUGAACCCCCUGGAUCCCAACCGCCUCCAAGACAUCGAGGACGACUUUGGCAACGUGAAGCGCACCUUUGAGAAGGACCUCAACAUCGACCAGGUCAUGCAGGGUCUGCGCGACGCCGAGCAGCAGCAACAAGGGUGGAUCAACACCUACCAGCUCUCCCUGGACGACCUCAAAGCCCAGGUGGAGAACAUACAAGACAUCAGCGACUCCCUACCGGAAUUCUGUCCCAACUUCGACCGGUUGGAGAACAGCGGAAGGCGUUAAGUAUCGCCCCGAUAAGUCUUCCAUUUUGUGUGUUUAUAUGAGCUGCCUCACCUUAUCAUAAACUCCCUAUUUAAUGUUUGGUAUAUUUUAGUGUUUUUAUUUAGUCUUAUUAACAUAUUUUUCCAUUUUGACAGUACCCUUUAUAGCAUUCAGAUUUUGUAUAAAUAAGUACUUCUUAAGUCGUAAAACAACAAAAGGGGUUUUUUUUCUUGGGGGGGGGGGGACAUACCAGUUCUGAAAAGGAGUGUGGAAUUAAAACGCUCACAUUUUUGUGCAAACAACAGUUGUAAUUGUUGCUCCUCAGUAAAACAUUAAAAUCAUGGUUUUAAAUUCUGUAAGGACCUCCUUUGCCAUAAUGAAGGAGCUCAAAGUAUGCUUCAUUUUUGUGAGUGUUGCAUUUACUUUAAGUCAAAUUGCCUUGAAAUAAUUAAAUGUUGGAGAUUUCUUUGUGACAUUUUGACCAUCGUGUUUGCAAAUUUAUGCAUCAAAGAACUAGAUAAAUGCUGCCGUUGAAACCCUGUAUAUCUGGUGCUAAUCAAGAAAAUAAUAAUAUAGAUGGAGAAGUCAUUUCUAAAGGUGCUAUCUGUUAACGGUUAGUCAAAGAUUUGACACAUUUGUAGUCAGUAUUAGCGUUCAGCUUGUUCAGCGAGUUUUUAGCAAGUUUCACAGACUGGGUUUCAUUGAGCAUUAGCAAGGUGGAACACCAGUAAACUUUAGGAUAUGACAUCCUUCUGGUUUCUUGCUCAACUAGAAUUCGCUGGAAUUAUUGAAUUGAAUGGAUCAUUAUUUAGAACUAAUACAUAGCUGGAUCGACUUAAUUGCAUUCUUCAGUAGACUUACUUGAAGCGUGAUAUACAUGUAAUGAUUAUUAAUUAAGUUUUGGGAUUUUUUCGGUGGAGGACCAUAGGGCCAUUUCACACUAUCCGAAAUCUUUGUCAACGCUGAGACUUCGGGAACCCUUUUCACACCAUCAAGAAUCCAACACGGCCUGUAUAUGGAUCCGGUACUCUUCACGGGUAUAAUAUUAAUCCCACCCUGGUCAGGACCUGAGUUGAGGGGUUCUUCAUGGGUAGAAAAUGUAAAAUCUACAGCAGAACCAUUUUCACACAGUUGUAAGGGUGUACAUGUUUGGCUUCAGGAUAGAGGACAGACACACAAAGGGAGAACAAAAGAUCCUUUCAGCCCUCGAACGUUGGGUCUUUUGUUGAAAAGGGUCCUCGAUUGUACGGUUAUGUGCUUAGUCUAUGAGAGAGUGUUAUAUUACAGGGACAAAGGGAAACACAAAGCAUUGUCCUCGGGCGUAUGGAAAUUCACGACUGUGUGAACGGUACUCUUUACCUACCUGUGUUUGAUGUGAACCUCUUCUGAUUACAGUGGACCUGUGAUGGUUUCAACACGGGUAGGCGAGGCGAUAGUGUGUAAAAAGCCUUUAGGUAGCUUUUCUGUCACCCCAGUUAAUUUGCUAAAUACCACAGAAUGCAUGUAAUUAUGUGUACUUACAAAGAACGGGUCUUACAUGCAAACAAUAUUUGGAAAGAAUGCAGUACCCAGAUGCAGUAUCCAGAUCCAGUUUAUGGAGACUCAAGAAAAUUUUCUAAGUAUUUCCUAACAAAAUUGGAAAUGUUUCUGGGUCCCAGAUUCAUGUCUUUUGAACAUUUCUGCAAUGACUGACCUGUACUGAAUUGAUAAAUGAAGAAAAACGUGAAAUCCAGGUUGCAACAUUCUUUCCCAAUAUUGAGGUCACACAUACUUUUAGCUAAACAUUUACAAAACUUGGUGUGAAUCUAAACAAAUCGAGAAUCUGAUCAACAGAUAAUAAAAACUAUGCAAUUUUUUUGUUGUGAGAAAAGUCAAUAGAACAGUUUAUUUUUUGAACAUCAUUUUAAAUAAGUGAACAUUUAAGAAAAUCGUUUUACAUGUAAUAUUAAUGUAGACACCGUGUACUUAGUGUUUUCUAGUGUUUUGUGUAGACCAUGGAAACGUGUUAUUAAGGGUAUACCUCUUGUAUGAAAAUAGGAAAUACUUUUUUAGUUGUAUGCUAUUUAUUUAAUCCGUGGUUGAAGAAGUCUUUAAACAAAUAUUUCUGUGUGUUCAGUCUGCUUUUGGAAACUUGUGACGAUUGUUUGAAAUUAACAUUUGAUUUUUUUUGGUGAUAUUAACAAUAUUAUUAGUGAUUAAUAUUUGACUGUUAUAUAUCCAGUACUUAUAUUUUCAUCAGAUGUUUAAAAAGUUGGUUUUAAUUUUAUUGUUGGGAACUGCAAACCAGACUGAUUUUCAAUCGUGUCAGACAUAAUACAUAAGUAAUUUUUGGGUGCAUGGAAAGGAAUAAUUCAACAAUUUCCGUUUGUUGUGUAGAGAAACACCGAUCAAUUAAUGAUUGGUUUUAUAAUCCAUGGUGCUAAUGUUUCACAAGUUUCAUUAUAUUGUAUUGAUUACAUUUGUAUAUAGACUACUGCCUGUACUAUUAACAUAGAUUAGAACUAGUUUUUGUAAAGAAAUUACAUAAAAUAUCCCAGUCUUCCAAACCCUGGAUCUAUGCAAAACCUGCCUUGUAUUUUUGCUACAUUUUGUGAGAGAAAAAUGGUACUCAUCUUAUACUUGCUGCACACUGUCUGCAGACAUCAUCAACAUUUUGAAAUUGUUUAUUUAUGAUUUUUUUUCAGCAUUACUACAUUAUCUUUGCCUUAGUUUGCUAACAACCAUUGAGUUACCCUAAAGAAAUCCUACAUUGCGGUCACAAAGAUUUUCCCAAAAGUACUAGUAUUUUGUUAAGCUUCUGUCUCUCCUUUUUAUAGAAUAAAAUAUUUUAAACUGGGA